CGGAUGUUUCUCGGUGUUCGGAUCCACUCACCCGUUUCUACUUGUCUCCAUAUCUUCACCAUUUUUCUGUAAAACCCUAAAGAAGCUUUGAUCUUCGAAAUUUGCGAUUAUUGUUCGGUCAACCAAUCGAAAUAGUUUCAGAUUUCGCGAAAGGGCAGUUAGGUAUAUAUGGAGGGAAUUGAAUCAAAAGCACUGGCAGAAAAUGUCGAAGGGUUCCAGCAUUGUGCCAAAGAAAUCCUUAAGCUGAUAGAACAAGACGGAAAUUUCUCUGAAACAACGGCUGAGACUUAUGAUGACAAGAAGUCAAAGUUGUCAACACAUGUAACUGAGUUAUUGCGUAUGCAUGGUGCGUUGGUCGAUCAACACGCUCAUCUGAUCAAAAAGCAGCAUCUUGAUGCAUCUGAUUCAAGCUCGCCUCAAGUUACUCAAAUGUUUACGCCUGAUCAAACGAGCAACAUGCAAAAAUUUAGGACACCUAUCGGUUUUGACGUUUUGAGCUCGUGUGGUGGUGGUUCUUACGCUUCUAGAAGAGACGGCUCAGAGUCUUCCUUCUCACCGUCAUCAGAUUCUGAUUCGGAAUCUUUCAUGUCUAUCAACAAGCUUCUGAUUUCACCGGUCAACGGUGAUGAUGCACCGAAAGUCAAAGAAACCAAACUCCCUGAGGUUUUGAUCCACAAGAUUUCCAACUUGGAAGAAGAGCUCGUUACGUUGAACAAAAAGAUUCAGAGUUUAGCUGACGAAAACGCUAAUUUGAAACAAGAGGUUCAGGCGAAAGAAUCAAAUAUCAAAACUCAAAACGAGUAUCUUGAAACCGAAAAAAUAAAGGGGAUUGAGCUAGAGAAGCAAGUGGCUGACCUUAAACUCGUGAUCACCGACUCUAAUAUUCAAAUCAAAACAAUGGGAGACGAGUUAGACGCAUCUAGAGAGAAAUUAUCGGCAACAGACGAUGAAACCUCGAAACUGAUGCAUGAAAUGGCGUUGUUAAAAAAACAGCUUGAUUCCGAGAAAGAAAACAAUCUAGGAUUGGAAGAGGAAGUAUCCGCGUAUGUAGCUGAUAUUCAAGUGCGCGAUGAUCAAAUCACAGAAUUACAUACAAAGAUUUACCAGUCAACGUAUGAAAUCUCGCUACUGAAAAGCGCACAUAAGGAAAAAGAAGACAACUGGAAUACUAAUAUUGAAAGGUUGCAAACAGAACUAAGGGAAAAAUGUAAGUCGGUUGAUGAUUUGAAUAAAGAUUUGGACUCUUUGAAGUUAAAGAAAGAUGGAGUCGCUGCUCGGCUUGAUACACUUCGAGCCGAGAAAAGUUGUCAGGACAAUAAAGUACGAGAACUUGAGACCAACUUGAAUUCACUACAACAUGAGCACGAGAGGGUGCUUUUGUCAUUUGAUAACGCACAAAAGGUUACAAAUGAACUAAAACUGAAAGUGAUGGAAUUGGAACGAGAGGUUGACACGCAGAAGGAAGUUAUGUCGGAUAGAGCUGAAGAGAAAAGGGAAGCGAUACGGCAGCUAUCGUUCUCGUUGGAACAUUACAUGUCGGGAUACAAACAACUUCGUCAAGCAUUUGUUGUUGGAAACAAAAGGCGUGCCUUUUUUAGUUUUUAAAUUUGCAUAAUGUUGUUAUUUCUAUGAAUUUUCAAGUAAUAAUUAUAUUUGUUGUUAGGACAAAAAAACAAAAUAUAUAUAUCGGCUCAUCCGGUUUAAGAUA